AAUGCCACAUUUCGUCAAAAAUAAAAGAAUCAUGGGAACUGACAUGAGUGAUAUUACUGCAGAUUUUGCUUGUCUUAAAGUAUCUGCUUUAGGAAAAGCUUCACGUAUAUCUGGUGAAAUAAACCGUAUUACAAUUGGUCCUAAUUCCGUAUCAAAUCAAGAUGAACUGAAAAAAUUAGAAAAUAUUGAAAAUGAACAAAAUACUUGUAACGUUAAUACAUGUUCACCUCGAAAAUCUGUCGAAGAAUGUAAGAACAAGAAUUUAACAACACGUAAUGGCAUUACAUUUUCGAUAAAAAAAAUCUUACACGAAGAGGAAUUACAAAGAAGAGAGAAAGUUAUGAAAGAAGUACAACGUAAAUGGCAACACAUGGCAGACAAUGUUACAGCUAUACAGAAACAUAUUUCCAUAUCGUAUUCAAAAAUGGUUAAAGAAAGAGAACGCAAAAGUGCACAGAAGUAUGCUGAUAUAUUAGCUGAAGAAGAACGUUUAGCUGAACAGGAAGAAAUAAUAAGAAAACAUGAACAACAGUUAAAUGCUCAAAAAGUUCAAGAACAUAAUGAAAAGAUGAAACGCGAUAUAGAAGAAUAUAAAAGGAGAAUGAAGGAAAAGGAAGAUUUGUUUUCAAAGAUAAUGUUACUUAGACAAGAAUUUGGUGUUAAAUAUUAUGAUUUUAUAAUGCUUUCGAGAAAUUGUACGGAUAAAACUAUUCUAACUAAUUUUUCCGUCACGCAUUCGGCCGUUUUAAAACAAUUGUAUCGACAAAUUGAGACAUUGGAUGGAAAAAUUCAGGCAGAAGAUUUGGUGCCCACAGAUGUUUGUAAUUUGGAAACAGCAAUACAACAGAUAAUAGAAAUUUCAUGCUUAUUAAAAGUAACUCUAGAUAAUGCAGAGGUAAAUAAAGAAAUUCCUGAACCAAGUACAGAAGAACAAAAUACAAAUUUAAAUCAGACAGAACCAUCUCCAACAGAAGAAGUUGUAACAGUUUAUGAACCUCCAAUUCCAGAACAAACUGAUUACGAUGUAGACAAAAAUAUAGACAACAAUCAAGUUGAAGAAAUUGUUCCGGAAACCAUUCCAGAAUCCGUUCCAGAAACUGUUCAAGAAACUGUUCAAGGAACUGUUCAAGAAACUGUUCAAGAAACUGUUCAAGAAACUGUUCAAGAAAUUACUCAAGAAACUAUUCACGAAACUGUUUCUGAAACCGUUCCAGAACCUGAACCAGAAACUGUUCCAGAGGAAGCAGCUCAGAUAACAGAAACAUCUAUUAACCAAGAAGCUAAUACUGAAAAUAAUUCAAGUUUAAUAUCAAGUGUGUCCUUACAAGAAAUAGAAGAUAAUUUAUAUAAAUACGUCGAUAAAGAAUCAUUACAAAUUUACAUUGAAAGUCAAGAAUUUUUGGAAAAUUAUUUAAAAAUUUAUGACGAAUUUUUAAAAUCAUCUAAUACAAAAACAUUUAGAUUCGAAUGUCAAAAAGCAAUAAAUAUUCCUGUCAAUGCAAUUUCCGUAAUCAAUGCCCAACAUCUUAAAGAUAAAUAUGAAAAAUUGCACAAUCUUCUAAUGGGAAAAUCAUCACCUAAUAUAAAUCAGCAUCCACAUGGAAAUGCAUUUUGUAAAGACACUUUAGCCAAAAAAAUAGUGAGCCAAGGAGAAACAUUGGUUUCGAGUAAACCAGAAAUGGCAUUCGCUAUAGCAGCUGUAACUGUAGCACUUUGGAAUGAACACGCUGAUUUUGGUGAACUACUUUUAGCACAUUUCCAUCAAAUUUGUCCUUUUACGGUACCAGUAUUUAUGCCCAAAAUAGAAGGACAAACCAACGAGGAAUAUUACAAAUCAUUGGGUUACAAAUAUUCAGAAGAUGGUACUGUCGAGAAACAGGAUAAAUUUUUGAAAAGAAUGUCUGGAUUAAUGAGAUUGUAUAUUUCUAUAACGAUAACAUCGCAAAGAAAAGGAAUUACAAAAAGACACCCUCAUGGGUUACGAUAUGCAUGGAGGUGGCUCGCAGCUAUUUUGAAUAGUGAAUCUCAUCCAAACACGUUGGAACUUUGUGUCACUCUUAUUUUGGAUGUAUUAGAAGUUGCAGGAAAUUCUCUUUGCAAUGCUUAUGGCAAACAAUUUCGUAAAAUGUUAAUGUUAUUGGCUCACGACAUAUAUCCUCGUGUACAAAACACCGAUGGCGUAAGUGGUGGACCAUUGGUACGUUUAGAAGAAUUUUUAAAGAUAACAUUAGCCAGAGGUUUCAUACCACCACCUAAUGGAUAUCUCGAUCAGAAUUUUUGGUAAAUUUAAUGAUAAAUUAAUCGUCUUGCGUGAACAUUGUGCAUUGUGUCAUAACUUAUAUUAUUAUUAAGAAAAAAAAAAAAAAAAAAAAA